AAUUCAAAACAUCAAAAAUUUCCGAAAGCGUACGACGAAGAUAAACAAAUUUUAGCCCGUAAAAUAAUUUAACUUUUCCAUUGAAAAUCAAACAUUUUUAAAAGAAAUUCAGUUGGAAAAGUUGACUAACGAUGACCUCCGUGCAUACACCAUCGGUUGCCCUGAGCAAAUAUCGAGAUCAGCACUUUAAGGGAUCCCGCCAUGAACAGGAACGCUUGCUGCGGCUAACAUCUACCUUAUAUAUUGGCAAUCUAAGCUUCUACACCACGGAGGAACAAAUACACGAACUGUUCUCGCGAUGCGGCGACAUCCGGCGCAUAGUGAUGGGGCUGGACAAGUUCAAGAAAACACCGUGCGGUUUCUGCUUCGUAGAGUACUAUACCCGUGAUGAUGCGGAAAGCGCUAUGCGGUACAUCAACGGAACGCGGUUGGACGAUAGGAUUGUCCGUGUCGAUUGGGAUGCCGGGUUUGUUGAAGGGCGACAGUACGGACGCGGCAAGAGCGGCGGACAAGUGCGCGACGAAUAUCGACAGGAUCAUGAUCUCGGUCGCGGCGGAUACGGCAAGAUGGUCCAAAUGGGACAACUGGGGGCAAACAUGCGAGACAGCUAGACCACAGGGAGUUCGGAUGAGUGCGGGAGGUUACUUUUUAAGAUGAUUAUGUAUACAUAGACGCGUAAAUUAAACAUUUAAAGGAAUAAAUCUCUCACUUACUUGGCGUGAUAUCAUA